GUGGCAGACGCGCCAAGUCGCCACACGGUGACGUCACAGAUGAUGUCCAACUCAGUACACAGAUGUUCAUCGCCAAGCAGGCAGCUAGCUUGAAAACUGUUAUCUGAUCAGGGAGGCACUUUGUUGUUUGCAACCUGUGAUGUGUUUGUACCACCUGGCACUAGCGGGAGUCUUUAGCUGAACUACCUUCCUGUCCUUUUUGCUGUUGCCCACCUCCUCAUCCUCCUCAUCCCUCCGGUCGUCCCUGUGAUGCCUCCCUCGUGCUGUGGCUACCUGUCACAGUACACCCAUCAUCACCUGGUCACCUUCCUCCUCACCUUCUUUAGCUAUGUGUUCCUGCAUGCAUCCAGGAAGACGUUCAGCAAUGUGAAAGUUAGCAUCUCUGCCCAGUGGACGCCUUCUCCUCAGAAUGGCAGCGCUCCCGCUUUCUCCCCCAGUGAGACAUGGGGGAGUAAUCGCCUGUUUGAGACUGAAGAGCAGGCCACUCUCUUCCUGGGAGCGCUGGACUCCAUUUUUCUCUUCUCCUAUGCCGUGGGUUUGUAUCUCAGCGGCGUGAUUGGCGACAGAGUCAACCUGCGCUAUGUGCUCUGCUUCGGCCUGUGCGGCUCUGCUGCUGUGGAUUUUGCAUUUGGCACGCUGACAGAGUGGCUCCACCUUUACAACAUCUACCUCUACUGUAGCCUGUGGGUCUUCAAUGGACUGCUGCAGUCCACCGUCUGGCCCUGCGUGGUCGCUGUCAUGGCCAACUGGUUCGGCAAGACGGGGCGCGGCUUUGUGUUUGGCCUGUGGAGCGCUUGUGCCUCGGUAGGCAACAUCCUGGGCGCCUUCUUGGCAUCCACUGUGCUCAAGUACGGCUACGAGUACGCCUUCCUGGUGACCUCAGUGGUGCAGUUCUCUGGCGGGGUGGUGGUCUUCUUCGGCCUGCUCACCUCUCCGAAAGAAGUCGGUCUGAGUAUGGAGUGUGAGACUGGACUCAACCCAGUUGAGACUGACACCCACAGGCCUCUGAUGAGCGAUGAAGAAGAAGAAGAAGAGGAGGAGGAUGUGUACGAGCGCCACCACUCGAUUCAACAGCAGGAUGAACCUCAUGAAGAGCCUCGAGCUGUGGGUUUCUUCCAGGCCUUCUGCCUGCCCGGAGUCCUGCUGUACUCGCUGGCGUUCGCGUGUCUGAAGCUGGUGAACUACUCCUUCUUCUUCUGGCUUCCGUUCUACCUGAGCAACAACUACGGCUGGAAGGAGGCCGAGGCUGACCGCCUGUCCAUGUGGUACGACGUUGGAGGGAUCAUCGGCGGAACAGUUCAGGGUCUGAUAUCGGACUUCAUGGGAAAGCGAUCCCCAGUGUUGGCGUUAAGUCUGACGCUCGCCAUGGCCUGUCUGGUGGGCUACAGCCAUUCACCUAACGACAAGGCCACCAACGCCGCCCUGCUGGCCAUCACUGGCUUCUUCAUCGGCGGUCCAUCCAACAUGAUUGGCUCGGCCAUAUCUGCUGAUCUGGGGAGGCAGGACGCCGUCCAGGGCAGUCAAGAGGCUCUGGCUACAGUCACCGGCAUUGUAGAUGGGACAGGAAGCAUUGGAGCUGCCGGUGGGCAAUACUUGGUGUCCCUCAUUGAGAGCAAGCUGGGCUGGGUGUCGGUCUUCUACUUCUUCGUCAUCAUGACAGGGGGCAGCAUUGCCUUCAUUGCGCCCAUGAUCCUGAAGGAGGUGCGCACCAUGUGGAGAGAGCGGCGGGCGCUGCGCCACCAGCUGUGAGACAAACAGCUUGUUUUAUGCCCUCUGUGACAUCACCACAACAAUACUUUUGAAAGAAAAAAAAAACAGCUCUGUGAGGGGUGGUGAGUUUUUGCUUUUUCCCUCUUCCAACCACAAUGGAGAUUGGAGAAGCACACGUUUCAACCCUGCUGUCAGGUGUGGCCAUAGGACCCGGUCUGUACAUAUUUAAAAUGGCUGUAAAUUCUUAAAAAUGCACUGUGGUGUAACUUAACUUUGCAAUUUAGAGUUGCACAUGAAUGAGAUUGGUUAUACGUGUACAUAAUUCAGUAGUUCAGUGGUUUAUAAUCAGUCAUUUCACUGAAGGAUUAGGAUCCUUUUACUUUUGUUUAGACUCUACCCAUCAUUCCAACUUCCUCCUUUUACUGCAACAGUAACGCUUUUGUCUUUAAGAGUCUUAAAUCACAUGUUUACUAUCAGUCGGCCAUGAACCAGCUGUCAUUAGGAGAGGAGUUGUCAUAGUGGCCAUCCGUCAUGGUAGAAGGGCUCUGUUAUCAGCCUGAGGCGACACUACUCUGGGAAGAAAAAUGAGCCAUACUUCAGGAGAAUGUGAAAGUCAAAAACACGCAUGGAAUGUCUAACUUUAUCUGCGCUUUUUAAUGCAUAUUUUAGCUUUAUUUAUAUGUACAUUUUCAUUUGUAGCAUUUGGUUUUAAUUAAAUGACAACGACAACGUGAUGCCGUUGUUGCUUAUUAACCCUUUUUUAUUGUAUUUUUUUUAAUUCCAUGACGAUUGGGAGACUUGGAUACACAGUAUACCUUUACUCAUUCCCCUCUUUACCGUCACAUACAAAUGGAAAACAUCAAAAUGCGGUUAAAGUGACAAAAUAUUGAUAUAUUUAAUUUGAUGACAAUUUUGGGACCUACGGGUAAAAAGUGUAACUUUUCAGAGGCCUUAAGGGUUUUAUGAUUAUUGUUAAUGUUUUAUCAUCCUCUCUAUGACAUGAUGUAUAGCAGUGGUCCACAACCUUUUUGGACCCCACGGCCCGGCUCGUGUUCCCACAAAUCUCCGCGGACCGGGGAGAGGGCGUAUAGCGAUGUCAUUUCUCUCAUUUGGUAUGUAUUGUGUAAAACUAAGACAGGAACGACAUCAAAUUAAAAGCACAAAGUGAAUACAGACCCACCAUCCACCACAAUAAGCUUGGAGUUUGUUUUUUAGAGAGAAGAUUAUUGCGCCGCUGUUUGACGUGUGUGGUAACAGGCAGUGUGCUAGCAUGAAUUAACUUGAAGCUGUGCACACAACAAAUAUACACACUAGCACUCAAUAACGUCAUCAAACUUUGUCUUUAUGCAAUCCCACGGAGUAUCAGCAUUUGGGAGCAAAUAUGAAGUGAAAAAAACCCGAUAAAAAUACAGUACAGUAUAGUUAACAAUCUGCGCACAGUGGGAGAAGGCUAGCGCACGUACGAUGGUGCGUCCGAGGACUGUCAAAGUGGGCCACUCGCAACAAACAACAUAAACAUGCAAAUACUUCAAACUAUAUUAUUUUUUGAAUAAAAUAAUGGCCCAUAUUUCCAAAAUGUAUAUUCUUUUACUUCAAAUUGUAUGUAGUUAUUUACAAAAGUAUUUUUUUUGUGUGUAUUUUUUUAGCAUUGCGCCUGAAAGGUUAAAAGUGUAACUUUUUAAGGUUCUUCAGGCUUAGAUUAUUAUUAUAUUUAAAAUUCAUCAUCUGGUGUAAAAAAUGUGAGGUUUCCAAAUAUAUCUACAAUGGUUGCCCUCUGUAACUUCCACACAAAAAUAUUUUUAAAAGAUUUCUUGUUAGGUCUAAUAUAGCUGGAAAAAAUUAGAAACAGUGAAAGCGAUACAUUUUUAUUCCGCUUGCUUACUUACUAAAUGUGGUGUUGCAUUUCCUGCCACUAGGUGGUGAUGUAGCCACUUAGAAUAAAGAACACGGGAGCCCAUAUGUGAUUUAUAUCAUUAUCAAUCAAUAACAUUUUAUUUUGAGCACACUUAAUGAAAUCUCUUUCACACUUCCUAUACACAUGAUUCUGUUUACAUACACUCGUUGCAAGGAUACACAAACCAGGAUUAAAUUACUGUAGAAUUAUCACAAACUGGAUACAAGGCUUCAUAUCAUACAUUCAUGCAUAAUACAAAGAAAAGACACUGAUACAGCUGCGACGGAUGAAACAGAAGAGCAAAGUUGGCAUGAAAGUUCUGACUUGUUCCAUGUCUCAGAUGUGAAUAUUUUUAGUUUUUAAAAGAUUACCGUACAAAAAUAGUCCUCUUGUCAACAACAUUGAAGUAGUGCAAAGAUAGAAGUCUCAGACCAUUAGUAAUAGCAAAAGGGAUUUUAGAAUUACUUCCCAACAAACAAA